CUCUCUCUCUCAUUUCCAAUUCCAAUGGCUGGAGAUUUGCUAUACGCCAAAACGCAGCGUAUCGUCCUACUCAUAGAUCUCAACCCCCUCCUCCUACUCACACCCACUCCGGAGCAAUACCUAGCCGUCGUGAUCUCCGCCGCCGAGAAGCUUCUCUCUUUCCCUCCACUCUCCGCUUCUCUCUUCUCCUUCAAGUUCUUCGUCUCCUCUCUAUCCUCUCUCUUAUCUUCCUCCAAGCUCUCUGCCCUCUCGAUUCCGUCUUCCAAGCUCUCGUUUGACCUCCCUGGCCCCACCCUCGCCUCCCUCAGACGCGCCGUCGACGCCGUCAAGCGAUGCGAGCUCCGAUCCACUUCCACCGCCGCGUCGGCGUCGCCUCGCGGGGUCCACGUCGCGGCGUCUUUGCGGCAGAUCGUUUACGAUUACGCUUGGGAGCCUGUGGUUCGAGAUCCGGAGAUAGGUCUGAUUCCUGGGUUCACGGACGCUGGAGGAGGAGGAGUCGAUGUCGUGAAAUCGAAUCUAGUCGUCAUGCUUUCCCCAAUUUCUAGGGAUUUGAAUUGGGUUUCCGAGUUUCUCGAUGUGAAGAGCGGCGACGAGUGUUUGUUCAAGUCGAAGUUAGUUGAGAUUUUUGGCUGUGUUAACGACUUGUUUGGUGAUAGAGAUAUCCACUUAAGCUGGAUCGAUGUUAGGUUUGGCGAAAGAAGUGAAUUGGGAUUAUUAAAGUCCGGUUUUUUCGAGAGUGGAGUUAGAGAAUUGGGCUGGGGACAUUGUUCUACGGAUUCGAUUGUUUACGCCUCUUCAAUAGUUCCCUUCGGAUUGAUUUAUCCAACGAUUGGUGUUUCUCCGAAGCUAUCUACUAGCCGGAAGUUUAGUGUUGUUCAAGCCAGUCUUGAGAUUGAUGAUAUCGAUGGCAAACCGAUGGAGUGCAAGUGCGGUGAGCUGGAGUUUUCUUCUUCUGAAAUUCUUAGUGGGAAGAGGUCUGAGGAAUCUUUUACGGAACGGUUCUGUAAUGGAAUCACUAAACUCAGUGUUAAAGCCUUGAGGAUGUGUGAUGAUGAUUUUAUCGAAUUGGGGAGGUAUACUUGUGAUACUUUUGUUGUUCAUGAAGUCUCCCAGGAACCUGAUCAUUAUCUGGAGCAGGAGGGUGGAUUUUGGGCUGAUCGGGUGUUUCAGAUACUAGAGAAGGAGACUGGUGAGAAAGUGGUGAAAAGAUCAUCUCCGGUUUGGCAGAUUUUGUUAAGUUAUCUCUAUAGAGAAGGUUACUCAGCGUUGGUGUCUCUAACGAAUAGCAAUGGUGAUUCUCGGACAGGAACACUGAAGCCCUUUACUCUCUCCUCGGCUUUACUCAGUGUUUUUGACAGUGAAGUCUCUCCUCAAACUGUGGAUCAUGAAGGUAGCAGUAGUAAGAGUGGCGAAAGUAAAAGAAAACUAAGCAGAAAGAUUCUGAACUCACUUCUUGAGAUUAGCUGGGAGGAUUUCUGCAGAUCAGUGAAAGGUUAUGGUCAAAUAGAUCUAGAGGAUGUGUACUUUUCCAAGUUUAGCAACUCGAAGAAAUAUAAGUUUCUGAAAUGUUGGAUGAAACAGAUUAGGAAACCCAGAGGUUGCAGCUUAUCUGUUGCUAGUAGUUGCAAUGCACAGGGGGAUGUGGAAGCAAUGCAAAAGCACAACUCAUCUGAAGAGACAGAAACGGCCAUCUCUUUACCAGUAUCUGAGGAGGAGAUAGCUUUGAGUGGGAAUCGAAUAUCCGUAAGGCAGGAGAAUGAUACAUGUGUUAAAGCAUCAGAGUCAUCAGAAGUGUUCUUUGCGAGUCUUCCUAGUAAAAUCAAGAAAGGGAUUGAGUCUGAGGAAAUAGACUUGGCAGCUCUGGCAGAGCGGCUUGUCAAAUCCUGUCUCCUCCAUUCAUCUCAAAGACUUGAGAAGGAUUAUAGCUGUGAGAGUGGAACUCUCUUGUUGGUUACUGAGGAGCUAACCAAGAUGUUACUGAAAGAACCGAAAGAGUUAGUUGCCAUGUUUAAAAAGAAACAUUCAUCAUCCGCGGAAGGUGAGCAAAAGUCAGAUGAAGCUUCACCCAGUAGCAUCGUUAGAGAAUACGAGCUGCAGAUUCUUUUCCGAAUGGAGAUUCUAAGAUCAGUGAUAGGUUUGGGAAGUGAGGAGUCUGUGACUCAGAAGUUUGCAAAACAGAUAUGCUUACUUCUUGAGGCCAUUCAGUGCAAGUUAGACGGUGGAUUCUUUAGUGAUUGGAGCCUCGAUAAGUAUGUGGACAAAAUUAUAAAAGCCAGGUAUCAUCAUGUUCUUGGAGAAGCUGUCAGCAUAAUUUAUACAGAGAUGGAUCUGCUUAUGUUCAGUGAUGAGGACCUGGAAGAUAGUUUCAUGAACAACGAAGACAGUAGCCAAUCAGGGAGAGAGAAAAAUCAGAUCAACGCCAAGAGUCAUCGUCGUAGCCAAAGAAGUAAAGAUGUUGCCGGUACGAGUAAGAAGACCUUUUUGCAGAAAGAGACCAAGGAGUGCAGAGAAGCUAAGAAAGUGAUUGAAGCACAAGAAAUGAGGGAAAGGGCAAGAAGAUUCUCGAGUUUCACAAGUUGGAUGCCUGAUCUAUGUAGAGUUUGGGCACCGAAACAAGCGAAGAACUCUAAAGAUAAAGCGGAUCAGCAAAAGAGAAUGGCCAAAAGGAAGAAAGAAGAAAGAUCAGUGGACAGAGUAUGCGAGACACCAGUGACAGCAGAUAAUAACAAACGAACACGAACUGAUGACAGAGAUGAAUACGAGUGUGGGACUCUGCCUCGUAGUUCGGUACCGAAGGCUUUGUUUCAGGAUGAUUCUUAGGUUAGCUAUUUUUGUAUAUCUUAAAAACACUUGAAACUGGAAAUAAGGACCACACUGAAGUCCCACUUCCAGUUUUGUUAGCAGUAUUUGAUAUUAUAAAAUCUUGCCGAUACUAUAUUUUA